GGCUUCCUGCUUUCCGUAGCUUGAGCCGACUACGUUGGCAACAUGGCGUCCUCAGAUGUCCACGUCCGAAUAUGUGAACAAGAAAUACUCAAAUAUGACUUGGAAAUCAAAGCUCUCAUCCAGGAUAUCACCGAGUGCACAGGUCCUCAAAGCAAGCUGACAGAACUGAACGCAGAUGUGAAGAAGAGUUUCCACAAUCUCAGACUGCGGAUUCAGGAUUUAGAGCAGAUGGCGAUGGAGCAAGACAAAGAGUCAGACAAGCAGGCUUUGAUCAGUCAGGUAGAAGGACACAGGAAACAGAUGCUGAGUAACCAAACAGUUUGGAGGAAAGCCAACCUUGCCAGCAAACUGUCCAUAGACAAUAUGGAAAAGCAGGCACUUCUUAAUGGAGCCGAUAGCACUGUGAGACAGAGGAAGAUGACCAAAGAGGGCCUGGCCCAGACAACCAGCGACAUUACAGAAAAUCUCAUGAGCAUCAGCCGGAUGAUGGCCCAGCAGGUUCAGCAGAGCGAGGAGACUAUGACGUCACUAGCAACCUCCUCAAGGACAAUCCAGGAGACCAACGAGGAAUUUAAGACCAUGACUGGGACCAUCCAGCUCGGGAGAAAACUCAUCACCAAGUACAACCGCAGGGAGCUGACUGAUAAACUCCUCAUCUUCCUGGCGUUGGCUCUCUUCCUCGCCACAGUUCUCUACAUCCUUAAGAAGAGACUCUUCCCCUUCCUGUAAACCAGGUACCUCUGAGGAGCCCCCCCUCCCAUAACCACACACAGUACUUUCCACAGUCAGCGCAAAUGAUUUAAACAAUUGUGAAUGCUGCGGAUCAUAUUACACACACGCUAUACAUUAGUGUCUGCUCAGUGGAAUGUGGUCUGCUCACUCGACCGAACCGUGACGCUGCUGAGGGUGAAAUAUUGUCCACAAAGAGGAAGAUAAACCUCCGCACCUAUCGCUCCAUGCAGUGUUUUAUUUACUGAACAGAGUUUUUUUCAUCAAUCAAAGUGAAUCAUUCAUUAAUGAGUGUGAACUCAUGCACAGGUUGAAGUCCGUCUUCAGUUAGUGAGACAGUAAUGCCGUGCAUUGCUUUAGGUCAGGUCAGACAUGGAAGGACAGACAGCCCAUAGAAAUCUUUUCUUUUACACAUUCCUGUGAAGCAUCCAGCUCAGUUUUAAUUUCAUAAUUACCGAUGACGCAGAGGUUACCAAAAAAUGGUAUUUCCUGGACCAGUUUGCUUCAGAUUUAGUCAUGAAUGCUGGUAAUGUCUACAUAGAAUUUCAGUAAAAAUCGAAUUUGAUUAUCACAAACUAGUGCCGCUGUUCAUAUCAGUUCAACAUGCUUUUACUGGCAUGAAUAGUUUGAAAACAGUAUUGCCAAUUAGGAAAAAAAUGGCACAAAAAAUGUUGGAUAGGUUUGUGUAACACAAAAGAAGCUUCUUUUCAUAUGUUCCUCAGUAACUUAUGUUUAAACCAAACCACUGUUUUUUCAUCUGAUAUCAUAACAUCAUUGUGCAAAUCAUGCACAAGCCUUUUACGUAAUUCUUAUUUUAUUUAUAAUGAAAUACUGUGUAAUUAUUGUAAGGUAUAAUUUAUUAUUACAUUAUGAUGAGCUGAUGCUAUUUUUGAGAAUAGAAAUAUUUAGAUGAUUUUUAACUUUAAUACAGCACAAGCACAUCUGCACUCACUCGCUGUUUUCACUAAGCAGAAUGGCACCGUGUAUGUGCACUUGAAACUGUGCCUAUGUUUUAUUCAGCUGGCAUGCAAACCAAAAAAAAACCUUUAUUCAAGUGUAAGAAUCGGCACACUCUUGUCCGUCUCUGCCCGCGUUAGCCUGUCUCUGGUCUGCAGCGCAGCAGAAAAGCUCAGAAAAGCAGUGGCAGUCAUCACACUGGCAGAGAUAGAGCAGCAUGCAUCCCUGCCUUUCUUCAGAUAAGACCCGGAAAAGCAGAUUAUUCCGACCCGUUUCCCUCUCCCUUUCCAGUGUGGGUGGAGGUUGAGGGGGGAUAUUUUUAGGUUUGUGUGGCGCUGUUAUCUGACAUUGCCUUUUCAACACCUCAGAGGAGAGGGUGGCCAGAGGAGCUACAUGACCUUGCUACCCUUUCUGCAAUGGCCCGGCAUUGCCAUUUAUUUAAAUAUAUGUAAAUGCUAUCAGUAUUGAUCAUCAAUAAACACAGAGUCCUCUGGCUUGAUGUUUGA